UCCAUCCCCGCCGUUUUGCCGCCGCCAUGGAUGUGAAGAGGCUGAAGGUGACCGAGCUACGGGCCGAGCUGGGCCGCCGAGGCUUAGAUGCCCGUGGGUUGAAGGUGGAGCUGGCGCAGAGGCUUCAAGAAGCUUUGGACGCCGAGAUGUUGGCGGCUGGGCCCGAAGAAGGAGGAGGAGGAGGAGGAGGAGGAGGCUCUACCGGGGAAGCUGGGCCGGCGGGAGGCCCUGCUGCUCACCCCCACGGCGAGGAGGAGGAAGAGGAGGAGGAGGAAGACGAGGAAGAGGAGGAAGAAGAGGAGGAGGAAGACGAGGAAGCGCUGCUGGCUGACGAGGAAGAGGCAAGCGGGGCCUCGGGAGGAAUAACCGGGGCCUCGGCUGGGUUAACCGGAGCCACGGGAGGAAUAAGCGGAGCCGCGGCUGCCAUCAGCGGUGCCCCGGGAGGAAUAUCGGUUGGGAUAAGCGGUGUUUCCGGAGGAAUUACCGGAGCCGCGGGAGGAAUAAGCGGUGUCUCGGUUGGGAUAAGCGGUGCCACGGCGGGAAUAGCGGCUCCAGGCGGGGUGGAAGCAGCGCGUCCCGGUCCCGCCGAGGAAGAAGAGGAGGAGGAGGAGGAGGAAGAAGAAGAGGAGGAGGAAGAACCGGUGGAGGAAACAGCGGCCGCGGAGGAGAAGAAGCAAGCGCCGUCGCAGGAGCAACCGGGGGCGGAAGGGGAGCCCCGAGCUGAGCCCGGAGGGACCGAGGGCGGCGUUAACGGGGCCGAGAGGCCGCAGGAGGAGGCGCCCAGCGGGGACGAAGCCGCUGCCGUUGAGGCCAAGGACGAAGGAGCCCAGGCCGCCGACGAGGACGACAAAUCCAAACCGGCCGGCUCCGACGGCGAGCGGAGAGGCGUCAAACGGCAGCGGGAUGAGAAGGACGAGCACGGCCGGGCCUACUAUGAAUUCCGCGAGGAGGCCUACAACAGCCGAUCCAAGUCCCCUCCGCCACCGGAGGAAGAACCCAGGGAAGGGGAAGACGAUGAAUCCGUCGUCAUCCUGGAUACUUAUACUUCGGAUCUCCACUUCAAAGCCAGCAGGGAUCGCUACGGGGGACAACCGCUCUUCUCCGAGAAAUUCCCUGCCCUCUGGUCCGGAGCCCGGAGCACUCACGGAGUCACCAAGGGGAAAAUCUGCUUCGAGGCCAAGGUGACGCAGUAUCUCCCGGUGAAGGAGGGAUGCACGGAGGUUCCUCUUUUCCGCGUCGGAUGGUCCGUGGAUUUCUCCCGCUCGCAAUUGGGCGAAGACGAGUUUUCCUACGGCUACGACAGCCGAGGUUUAAAGGUGGAAAACGGACACUUUGAGGAGUUCGGAGAAAACUUCGGAGAAAACGACGUCAUCGGAUGCUUCGCGAACUUCGAAGGCGAAGCGGUGGUGGAACUUUCCUUUUCCAAGAACGGCGAAGAGUUGGGAACGGCAUUCCGGAUUCCGAAGGAUUCCUUGGGAGAACGAGCGCUGCUCCCGCACGUCCUCUGUAAGAGCUGUGUGGUGGAGCUCAACUUCGGGCAGAAGGAAGAGCCCUUCUUUCCGGCGCCGUCGGAAUUCGUCUUCAUCCACGCCGUUCCCGCGGAAGAGCGCAUCCGUACUCCGCUUCCGCCCAAAUCCAUAGAGGAAUGCGAGGUGUUGUUGAUGGUCGGACUUCCGGGUUCCGGGAAAACCCAAUGGGCGGAAAAGCAGAGUCAGGAAAACCGGGAGAAGCGCUAUAAUAUCCUGGGAACAGAGACGGUGCUGCAUCAGCUGCGGGCGAAAGGCCCGGAAGCGGAAGAAUUGGAUGCCAAGAGCCGGGAUCUGCUGGCCCAGCAGGCGGCUCAGUGCCUUAGCAAGCUGGUCCAGAUCGCGCCCCGAGCCAAGCGGAAUUUCAUCCUCGACCAGUGCAACGUUUAUAAUUCCGGGCAACGCCGGAAGCUUUUGGCCUUCAAAGGUUUCUCCCGGAAAGUGGUGGUUAUCGUUCCGACGGAUGAGGAUUGGAAAAAAAGGUUGGAAUUACGGAAGGAAGCGGAAGGAGAUGACGUUCCGGAGUCGGUGAUGUUGGAAAUGAAAGCGAAUUAUUCCCUUCCGGAAAAGAACGAUUAUUUGGAUGAAGUGAUUUACGGAGAACUCCAGAAGGAAGAGGCGCAACCGUUGGUCACCAAAUACAAGGAAGAAGCCCGGAAGUUGCUUCCGCCUUCGGAAAAGCGAGCGAACCGCCGCAACAACCGCAACAAACGCAACCGCCAGAACCGCAACCGCGGGCAGGGAUACGUGGGCGGACAACGCCGCGGCUACGACAACCGCGUGUACGGACAGCAGCAGUACUGGGGGCAGCCCGGGAACAGAGGGGGUUACCGGAAUUUCUACGACCGCUACCGAGGCGAUUACGACCGUUUCUACGGCCGCGAUUACGACUACAACCGCUACCGCGAUUACUACCGACAGUACAACCGGGAGUGGCAGAAUUACUACCAGGACAGGGAUCGGUACUACAGGAAUUACUACGGAUACCAAGGCUACCGGUGAAUCCCCCGCCGCAUCCCGAAAUCCGGCCGGGAAUUGGGAAUUUGGGAAAA